AUGUGUGUCUAGAGCCCGACAUCAAGAGAGAACAAAGCUGGUGUGGUGAAGCAUGGGCGGUCUCUGUCAUCACCGGUGAUUGCAUUGUUCUAUCUACGCCUGACGGCGACCGCUCUCAUGCUGAUACCAACCGACGAUGGAUGUCUCAAUCCUCCUGAGCUCCAUAGCUUGAUAAGAUCGCAAGACUCAUCGUUGGUUGCUCGCCAAAAUCUUCUUCCACCUCCUUUGUCCACAACAAUAGAGACUAUGGCGCUUCCAGACACCGCCAAAGUGCGAAGUCUAAAAUCCUCGCUUAGCUAUGCUCACGCGGUCCCGCUGUGUGAGCAAUCAACACUGACAACCGUCCAGACCGAAGAAAAGAUCAAGCACAUUGCUUGCAACAGAAGUGACGAGUUCACAGCUUCCCUCAUAGAGUCCCUCAUCCGUGACGACGCAGACGAUGAAUGGCAGCCGCCGAAGAAGAGGAAGGAGAAGGACGAGAACAAGGACGAGGACGAGGACCAGGACGAUAUGACAGGGGGACGUCCGGCCUAUCUGUUCCUCGUUGCCAUUGUUACACUCCUCUUCGUCAUUGCUGCGAGUUGAAGAGGAGUACUACUACCAUAUCACAACAUAAUGAUCCUGCACAGACCUCCAGGCCUAUCGUGCCGUUCUAUCUUCGUCAGGGAGAGUCCCCUUGGUCAAGUAUCGGGCCGUUUGUUGGGCGUCGAAUGUGCCGUGGCGAUAUUGUUGAGCCGUUACGAGGAAUUGACUUUGAGACCACGCCUUUCGUCAUUUCCCUUCCCAGCACAUGUUUGAGAUUUAGCACUCCUGCUUACCUUGAGUCAGUGCUGGAUGAACGGAUGCGAAGACCCCUACGCGCGUGAGGUGAGUGGAAGUUGAGUGGGAGGUAACUUAGUAUCUGGGCAAAGGCACAUCUAGGAAGUCCCCCUGGCUGGCACAGCCUUACAAGCCCGGUGCUGUGAUUGGCUCUUGGUGGGAUGUCAGUAGUCAGCCCCAACCUUGUAAGGAGGUUAUGUAAUAAUGAGAACGAUGACAAAGACUACGAUGGCCAUCUGG